UGUAAUGUCGUGUUUGUGUGUGUUGGUUGUGUGGUGCUGUGUUUUGAUUGGAUUUCAUCAAAACGUCAUAACGAGAAGAAAAAAUACAGCAAUCUCGCUCGCUAAGUCGCAAGCUGAAAAUUUUGUUUGAAUUUAUCUAAAUAAAUCCAAUACACAUCAAAAACAAUAAGAAAAUAUGGGGAGAGGUGGAAAAAACAGGAACAAGAAGAAACAAGAAGAUGAACCCCCAUCAGUUGCAGGCUUGAGUCUAAACGAGCCAUCAACAUCUGCUUCACAACCAGAGGCAUCUGCACUAAAAUCCGAGCUUGUAUCUGAAAAGUCAAAAGAAUCUACGCCUGGUCCGGAAACAAAACAGGAGGAUGAUGAUGAAGGUGGAUUGGGUUUGGGUGUGGGCGGCGGAAGGAAGAAAAAACCAAAAAAAAAGCCGGCAGCCCAACCUGCUGCCCCUGCUUCUGCGCCGCCACGCGGAGCUCCUGCACCAGCACCGUCCACUGCACCUGUAACCCCGGCUGAGCCACACCCAACCUCGACCAGGCCUCAACUUGUGCAAAGUGCAUCAGAUCAGGAAUUUGUUAAGCAGCCUAAGCCUAACCCGUGGGCAAGGGGAUCCGGUUUUCCUGUAAGCCAAGAUGUGAGACGCGCUCCGUUAGUGUAUUCUCACGAUGAGCCGGGGCCACGAUCCCCACCUGUAUACCUGGGUCCUCCAAGUUUCCGGAGGGAGGAAACUCGACCGCCCGCUGAACAACCCCCUCCAUACCAACCCCCCACCUCGCGUCACGGCCCCGCAUCUCACCAACCCCAUGAUCAAGGUCAUCGAGACGUACAUCAGUCAGAGAAAUACGAAAAGCCAAGUGGACCCAUAUGUCGAUUCAAGGUGCCGAAGAAAAUUGAAGGAAAAUCAGUACCGUCUUUUGCGACGAGCGUUUAUUGUAAUUACUUGGAAAUGAACUUCAAGGAUUUGAACAUCGCUCGUUACGACAUAUCGUUUAAACCGGAAGUAAAGAAACUUAUACCGAAAGCGUUUGAAGAAGUGAAAAAGAAGCAUUUCCCCAAAAGUUUGGUUGCUUUUGAUCAAGUGAAAAAUUGCUACACGCUCAAACCGCUGCCUGGUGUUCCUGAAACUGAACGGUUUUGUACAUCGGUCGACAUCAUUGAUAAUAAUGGCAGAACAGUUAAGUUUGAGAUAUCCUUCAAAUUCACUGGCAACGUGAGCUUGAACAGAAUAAGACAGUAUAUGACUACUGGUGGGACGUCGCUCUGCCCACCGAGUGAAGCGAUCCAAUGUGUCGAUGUAAUAUUAAGGCAAGGCGCAUUGGAAUCUUACGUAAAGGCGGGUCGACAGUUUUUCAAGAGGCCAUCAAACCCUAUUGACUUGUCCGGAGGCCUAGAGAUGUGGACUGGUCUGUUCCAGUCCGCCAUAUUUACUUCGAAAGCGUUCAUCAAUAUUGAUGUGGCUCACAAAGGGUUUCCUAAAUACCAGCCGUUGAUAAUAACGCUGUCCAGGGAUUUUCAGUUGGAUCCGUCCAUUGCACUGGAACAACAGAACAGACGCAACGUUGAAUUGUUCCAGCAAUUCCUGAAGGGACUGAGGGUUGUAGCAGCAGUAGGUGGCGACACCACCGCUCAAGGUCAAAGGCGAGAAUUUGUAUGCAACAGCACCGUGAAGCCGGCUACCGUUGAGAAAUUCGAUUUUACCGACCCCAAUACUAACCGAUGUGAAAGAAUCACUGUCGCUGAAUUCUUCAUCAAGAAGAAAGGAUUUAGGCUGCGCUAUCCAAAUCUGAACUGUGUUUGGGUCGGCGCGAGAGACAAGUCCAUAUACUAUCCAAUGGAGUUACUUGAAGUUGCCUUCGGACAAGCACUGAAUAGGCAGUUGAAUGAAAACCAGCUUCGUACCAUGGUGAUGAAAGCGGCGACUCCGCCCGACCAACGCAAGAGGAAAAUUGAAGAGAUCAUCAAAGAUAUGAACUAUUCAAACAAUCAGUUUUUCAAAGAGUUCGGCUUGAACAUUUCCAAUAAGUUCUAUGAAGUCGAAGCGAAGGUGUUGCGCCCCCCGGAAUUAGAAAUAGGGGCCGGGAAAGUUAUCACGCCCAAGCGCGGUGAAUGGCGAACUAACACUCUUCUAAGAGCCGAAGCGAUGCAGAAUUGGGGCAUAAUGGCCGUGGACAUCGCCCCGAAUUCGUGCGAUUUCCCCACCAUAAACCAGAUGAUCGUACAAGUGGCCAGGAAACUGGGGAUGAAUGUAGCUGAGCCGCAAGUGAGGCGCACUGACGUCACGAUGCGGAAUCUAGCCUUCAACUUGGACGACGCGGCCAAGAAAGGAGCCAAACUCGUCUUUGUUAUCGUUGGCACGCGCUCUAGGGACUUAUACCAUAGAGUGAAACAGAUAGCAGAGCGCGAAGUUGGGAUCCUAACGCAGUGCAUCAAAGAAAACACAGCGUCUAGGCGUAUCAACGAGCAAACCAUACAGAAUAUACUUCUCAAGGUGAACUCGAAGCUGAUGGGUAUAAACCAAGCGAUUCCGGAUCGCGCUCUGCCGCGCUGCCUGCAGGGCGGCGGCGUCAUGGUCGUCGGCGCCGACGUCACGCAUCCCUCGCCCGACCAGUCUGCUAUUCCGAGUAUAGCCGCGGUCACCGCUUCUAUAGAUCCGAAAUGCUAUAUUUACAACAUCGAGCUCAGCAUACAAACACCAAAGAAAGAGAUGAUCGUUCAGUUCGAAGAUAUGAUGGUGGACCAUCUCAAGAUGUACGCGAGGAGACUGAGGGUGCUCCCGAGGAAAAUAUUCGUGUUCCGCGACGGUGUAUCUGAAGGACAAUUUGCUGAGGUGAUGAAUAGUGAAUUGCAAGCAGUCCACAACGCGUAUGCACGCUUGAGCAAAACUACGAAGCCUGAGGUGCUAUUCCUGUUGGUGCAGAAGCGGCAUCACACGAGAUUGUUCCAAAAGAAUUGUCCAAAUUACAACGUGGAGCCGGGCACUGUGGUGGAUAAGGACAUCGUCCAUGCGAGCGAACUGGACUUUUACUUGGUGUCGCACCAGGCGAUCAAGGGCACGGCGCGGCCCACGCGCUACCACGCGGUCUGCAACGACGGCAACAUCCGGCACGACGAGGUGGAGCAGCUCACCUUCUACCUCUGCCAUCUGUUCUCGCGCUGCUCCCGCUCCGUGUCCUACCCCACGCCCACUUACUAUGCCCAUUUGGCGUGUCUGCGCGCCAGAUCUCUUACGCAUGGCGAGACUUUUGACAACGACGAGUUGGAGAGGAAUCCGCAUCGCUUGCGCGUCUUGGAAAAUAUAUGGAACGUCAGCCCAAUGUUUUUCGUCUGAUGGAUCUGUCUAGAUAUUCAGUAUUCUUUUUUUAACGUUUUAAUUUUAAAUCAUUGUGUUUUUAUUUUAAUUACUUAAACAAUUUUAUGAAAUAAUCGUAAAUAAAAAACGAAAAAAAAAAAACAAAAUCCACUAAAAUACCUAUUUUAAUUUUAUCAGUUGCUUGUAUUUUACAUUAUAACAUUAAAAUGAAAAAAAAAAUAAAAAAAAUCUAAAAUAUUAUAAUUUUAUGGGUUAUAUGCUUGUAUAUAGGUAUAUAUUUUUUAAACUGUCCCAAAAUCACCGAUGUAUUUUAGCAACAGCUUAAAAAAUCUGUGAUGUUGGAUUAAUUAGUCUUACAUCUUUGUAAGGCUAAUUAAUUGUGUACUGAUUGUUUUGCAUUUUGUUUUUAAAAGUAAGGUUUUAUUCGUAAAUGUUAGGUAGGUUCCUUUUUAAUGAUUUAUAGUGAACUAUUGGAUUUAUGAAUUAUUAAAAGACUGGCAAUGUUCCGGCUUCGACGCUCAAUGGCUGAGGAAGCUACCGCAGGAAUACUCUCAGACGAGAGAGAGAGAUGCCUUUAGGCGACCUGACAGUUUUAGUAAUAGGACACAUUUGGUAAGAUCUUAUUUUGGAUUCUGGCCCAAUUUUAUAACAGGGUUUGUAAGAAAUCGUUGUAGUUUAUAGAUGAAUGUGUAAUAGGUGUAAUUACUUUUGUUAUGUAUUAUGUAGGUUAUGACUGUAAUAGUAAGACUUAUUGCAUCUAGUGUAUAUCCUGAAUAUUGAUCUGUAACCAUAUAAUAGAUUAACUUUGCUACUUUUGAAAAAAUAUAUUAACGGUAUUCAUUGUUGUGAAAAGAAAAAAUAAAUUAAUUACUACGUAAAUAAAUGUCCAGAAUAAAUUAUGUCUAGUCACAAAUUUGAAAUUUUGCACUUGGCUCACUUGCAUGUCUGAUCGGGUUACAUGAACAGACUUAUCUGGUUCGGUGUUCUCGUCGCUACAGUUGAAUAAAAUGACACAAUUGACUUUCCAAAGUUUAAAUUUCCUAUCUACAGGCCGAGAUAUACUUUACCCAGUAAAUAAUCCUGCGUAUCAUACGCUGCAAUUGUCAAGUCUGCAACUGUCUUUGUUUAUUUAAAGUUGCUAUUUUCAUAGCAGAUGAUGUAGAUAAAAUGUUACAUCUUACAGAUAAAAGAUUUCCAGAUUUCGUAUAUGUAAUUAUAUACUAGACUAAAGAAAUGUAUGUAAUAAUAUAAAACUCCAUUGUUUAAAUUGGUUUUAAGAGCUAAAUAAACUAUCCUUAUUCAUCUUGGACUGAGACAAAAAGUAAACAAAAAAGAAACGAGAAAUUUAACAAGCCAAAAAUUUAAGUAAGCGACAUGACUCCAUAAAACAACAACAUUUAACAUUAACAGAAAGUAAGAACAAAAUUAACAAAAGAAUAACGAGAAAUAAUGAUUAUUUGUUCAAGGUUUGUUUACCUUUUGUCUCAGUCCAAGAUGAAUAGGGUAUAGUCAUUCUAUUUUAUCCGGCUUUCGAAUAUUAUUUUUUAAACCUGUUCGUACGGAUCUCCAUUCAAUUUAUAAAGAACUUUUCUUUAUUAUCAGACUUUGAAAGAACUCAUAUAUUUCGGCCUCUAGUCGAAGGAUUUUGAUUUUGUUCAAAUUUUCAGUUAGGGCAUUGUUGAAUUAAUUGACAAAUCUUGAGCUUGUGAAAAACAAAUGCUUGCAAUAUUUCCGCUCGGAAAUGGUUAGUUAUUAGACAUAACUAGGUGUCGAGCUCUGAUUUUAUUAUGAAAUGGCUUUGAUUUUUUAUUUUCUUAUGAUUGUAAUAAAAAAUAUAAUUAUUGUUAGCCAUACCAUGCAGUUUCGGCCUAUAAAGGUCAUCUAGAUUCUCAAAAUUCCAACUAAUUAGGCCCUGCUUUACCUUUUUAAUGAAUGUGGCUAUCACACUUUUCAAAUCAAGUUAGGCAAACAAGUACACAACUUUCGCUUUGUAAUGUAUAUUAUAUAUAUGUGUUUGGUAUUGUUAUUAGAAUAAAAAUGCUUGCGAAGGCGAGGGACUUACCAAAAAUUUAACUUUUCGCUAUUCAUAUUGAAAUUUCUGUAUUCAAACUAAAUGAAUAAAUUAUUCUUUGUAUUCAUCGACAAAAAUCCCUUGUCGACGCAAGCCGAAAAACGAA